UCUCCAUACUGCAAUGCACACCUACCUAGAGAACAUUCAUGGUUCACACUAUAUUGGCAAGAGACAUCAUAAGAAGGAACAGCACCCUAGCUACACACUAGGGAAAUUCUCCAUGCAUGAAUAUCUACAUGGCCCUAGUGUGUGGCUAAGGGUGGGGGGACCAUUAGGCACCACAGACAUAGAUCUCUGUUUCUGUGUACAGGGAACACAGGGAUCUGUAUUGGUACCUAUAGAUUCAAAUUGUGGUAAGUGUCCUAAGUAUAUCCACUGGACUGAAUCAAUAGUGGAGCCUCAACAUCAAGCCCCUGAUCACCAGUUACACAAUCCUACUGGACACCAUAAACAGCUUUUCCUUGUAUUGAAAUACAUUUCACAUCUGUAUAACAGGAUCCACUGGUAUAUCUACCAUGAGCGCUCAUAUGCUGGUCUCCUCUCAUCCUACUCAUACAAACUCCUCAUCAUGAAUCAUCAAAAACGUUGCACAGGAUCUGACUUAAAUAUAGGAAAAUGUUUUGAAGAUGUAGUAGAAUACAUAUUCAAUCAAUUUAAAACAGGUGGCAAUGAUUCAGAUCAAUACAGAGUGCUAAGUUUAUUCAUUUUUCUACCAGAUACAUAUUACCCUGAUAGGAAGGUGUGGGUUUUCAAUGGUUAUGUCAACAGUGUAGAACUGACUGUACUACUGUGGAUGUUGAAACAUGUCAAACACAGCAGUGGCACACAAUGGUGGCAGAAACUACUUGAUGAUGACUUCCCAAACAAUGUUUCAAGUGGUGAUAUUUUAUUACAAUCCUUGUUAGACUCAGUCAAACAUGUGAGGGAUGCAUUGUCACAGGGAAAGCUACGCGUGAACCUAGAUUGGCAGCAUGAGGAUGGCACAAGGACACAUCUCACUAUCACCAGAUGGUAAAUGUCUAACAUUAGCAGAACAUUGAAGUGAAUAAUAUAAAACACAGAACUUGAAUUACUUCAUUCAACACAGACAUACAUUUAAUAUAAAACAUAAUUCAUCAAUUUAAGAACACACAUCAGCUAUUACUAGAAUAAAUCAAAGCACAUAUUUUCUUGUUGUGGAUAUAAUAUUUUCGUUGAUUUUGUCAAGAAUUGAUUUAGAUGUGCAUACAGUGUAUAUCAGUAGUUAUAGGAUUUAUAUAUAAACAUCAACAUAAGAUGUCAAAAAACAACGGCACCCCCCUCCACAGCAAAAACUCCUUAAUGUUACAUGGCGUGUUGUAUCUCAUUUGAAAGAUAAUUUAAUUUUGGAGUUACUCAUCAAAUUGCAUUUCAUAAAACUUAAAAUUAAAAAAGCUUCAUUGUUUUGAAGUUUGCUACUUCAUUACUUUGUUUGCUACUUUUUUACUGGUUUAAGGUCAAAUCUUGGAAAUGAUUAAUAUGUAGGAAAUAGCCCAGAUCUCAACUACCCUGUUCAAUUGUGAAAGACAGGGUAGGAGAACUGAUGGAUAGGGGGCCUCUUGAAAAUGGACACAGUAAGGAUGUAUUUCUUAAGAAUAUGCGGAAAAUGCUUAAAGGUUUACGCAAUGCUGAACCUUUCUUCGGAUCCUCAUUGUAAUCAUAUCCAUCCAGCAAGUGGUGGCCGUACCACCUACUAACAAUUGGCUGUAAAUCUGUAAAAUUAUAUCAUACAAAACUGAAGUUUCUCAAGUAACUCCAGAAUUAAAUUGUCCUU